GGCGAAUGGAUCAGGACGGCGCCACUGGCGCCAGUGCUGGCAACGCGACGAUCGCACAUGUGUUUCUCGAGGGCCAGAAGAAAUAAAUAAUUUCGAACGUGUAGCGUGUUUUCUUAUUUUCUUAACGUUGAGCAACGCAUCGUGUGCGAGUAUUUAUCCCGUUUUUCACAUUUUAUAACCGCGUCUCUUUUUUUUUUUUAAUUAAAACUCAGCACGUGGCCCGCAAUUGUCAGCAAGAAUUCUGUACAAUCAAAAACUGAAAACUUUAACACAAAUGGAUUUACAAUACAAAACGAUUCAUCCUGUGAAAUAUUUGCAAGAUCAUCUUGAGCAAAACGUUCGGAUGGAUGGCAGAAAAUUCUUGUCCUUUCGGCCAAUAAGCAUAAAUGUUUCGUCGAUCGUUCAGGCAGACAGUUCAGCAAUAUUCAAAUUGGGUGACACAACUGCAGUUUGCGGUAUUAAAGCUGAAUUAGCGACACCGAAAGCGGAUACUCCAGAUCAUGGCUACAUAGUACCAAAUGUGGAAUUGUCUCCUCUGUGUUCCUCAAAGUUCCGUCCAGGUCCACCAAGCGAACAGGCGCAGGUGCUCUCUAAAUUGAUAGAUAUCAUUCUGAGUAAUUCAGUAGCACUCGACUUGAAAGAUCUUUGCAUCUGUAGAAAUAAAUUAGUAUGGGUCUUGUACUGUGAUAUCCUGUGCCUAAAUUACAAUGGCUCGGUUAUAGACGCUUGCACUGGAGCGAUGUUUGCGGCUCUCAAAACGUUGGUCCUACCUGAGGUAAAUUACAACAAAGAAACAGCAGUGAUUGUUGUAAAUCCGAAAAACAAAAAGACGUUCACUGUGAGAACGUUGCCAGUUUCAACGUCGUUUGCAAUAUUUGAAAAACAAUUGUUAGUAGCCGAUCCUACGGAUGACGAGGAGGAUUUGUCAUCGGGAAAAUUUUCUAUCGUAUUUGAUGAUGAAGAAGAAAUUUGCUAUAUACAUAAACCCGGUGGAAUUCCAAUCUCUCAAAAUUUACUUUCCAAAGGACUGGAAUUGGCAAAAGCGAGAGCAAAGGCGGUCAGAUCGGUGAUAAACGCUGCUAUUUCGACAAUGAAUGUAAAUGAUGGAAUGGAAACAAAUACUUGAAUAUCUUUUUCAAGAAAUAAAAUAUUUUGCAUUAUU